GUUUCCUCACUCUUUUCAAAUGUCUUCUGCUCGUCGUUGCCUUUUCGGUCGUCCGACGCCCGAGCAACGCUCCAGGACUCGAAUUUGGCUUGAAGAUGCUGUUAAGCGCAUGCGCCAGGAAGAAAGCCAGAAAUGGGGAUUCGACUUUGAACUGGAGACUCCCCUCCCAAGCUCUGCUGGAUUCGUUUAUGAAGUUAUUCCAGAGAAUUGUGUUCCGGAGUUCUACAGAACCAAAGUUCUCACUGUCAGAACCACAUGCUCAUCGCUGGACAUCAGCUCAACGACUUUGACUCCAUUGAGCUCUCCGAGCACAUCUGAUAAGGAGGAGCCCUCGCUGAUGGAUCCCAACAGCUCGUUCGAAGAUGAAGAGGAACCGAAGAAGUGGCAAUUCAGAGAGCCACCAACUCCACGGAAGACCCCAACAAAGCGUCAGCAGAAGAUGACCGACUUCAUGGCAGUUUCCCGUAAGAAGAAUUCGUUGUCUCCAAACAAGCUGUCUCCGGUGAAUGUGAUCUUCACUCCAAAAUCUCGUCGUCCAACGAUCAGAACUCGAUCUUCAUGCUCUCCAUACUAGAGGUUUCAUUUUGACUUUUUUUUGCCCAAUUCCACGGGUUGAAUCUAAUCAUUUGAUUAUCUCCUCGACAGUUUCUGAGUCUCUCUUAAUUGUUCAACUAGUCAUGUUUCCACAAAUGUUUUAUUGUUUGUUCCAAAAGCCCUGUGAUCCAUGUUUAGGAACUCUGUAACUCUUUUUUCCCAUUGCCAUUUGUUUUAAACAACUCAAAGAAAAAUAAACCCUUUGAAAUUAUUUU